AUGGACGCCCUCCGCUCCGCCAUCCAGCCAAUCACGCACAACCUCCCCGGUCCGAUCCGCAACCUCGGCGUGUCCCUCAUCGGCGCGCCGUGCUACAAGACGCUCGUCCUCGACGUCGACCUCGACAACACAGAGUGCGUCAAGCUCGCCGUCAGCAAGGGCCUCGGCAUCGGCAUCGUCGCCGCCUCGUCCAUCGUCAAGGUGCCCCAGAUCCUCAAGCUCGUCCGCUCCCAGUCGGCAAAGGGCGUCUCCUUCCUCUCCUACCUCCUCGAGACGAGCGCGCUCCUCAUCACCCUCGCCUACAACGUGCGAAAUGGCUUUCCCUUUAGCACCUACGGCGAGACAGCCCUGAUCAUGGCCCAAAACGUCGUCAUAUCUGUCCUCGUCCUCAACUACAGUGGCAGGGCCGGCAUGGCCGCCGUUCUCGUCGCCGUCCUGGCCGGGUCCGCCGCCACGCUCUUCACCGACGGCAUCUUGGACGCCCAGGCAAUGGGCUACCUGCAAGGCGCCGCUGGCGUCCUCGGCGUCGCGAGCAAGCUGCCCCAGAUCUUGGCCAUCUGGCAGCAGGGCGGCACUGGCCAGCUCAGCGCCUUCGCCGUCUUCAACUACCUCCUCGGCUCGCUGUCGCGCAUCUUCACCACCCUGCAAGAGGUCGACGAUAAGCUGAUUCUGUACGGCUUCGUUGCCGGGUUCCUCCUCAACGCCAUUCUCGCGCUCCAGAUGGUCUACUACUGGAACGCGCCGUCGGAAAAGGCAAAGGGCAAGCGCAAGGAGGCCCCGGCACAGGGCCGUGUUGUGUCUGCGACAUCGAGGUCUACCAACAGCCCAUCCACCCGACGGCGUGGUUGA